AUGUUCGCCGUCCGAAGCAGGGCCCUCGCCUGCUCAUCCCGAGUUCUGCUCGCCAAACGUACCUUUGCAUCCCACUCCGGCAAAGGGCCGGUUCCGGCGGGCGAGACACACCACCAUGACGAUCAUCACCAUCACCCAGCCGCUGAAGAAACCUUCGGUAAGGGUUUCUACCUCUCGAUCGCAGCUGUCGUGGGCUGCCUGGCCUUCUACAAACUCGAACAGUCCACCGCCGGCGCCAAGGGUGCUCCUUUGACCCGAGCGAUCGAGUACUACAGUGAUCUGAGUAAGGAUUGGGAGGAGCGAAACGUUAGACACACAUCGAUGGUCGAGCGUGCUGCUGCAGACAGGAGUUUGUUCGAGGACUCAACACCCAGCAAGACAGUCAAUCUGAGGUUCCCAGAGCGCUUCAAUACUGGAUCUCCAUACAUGAACGAAAUCGGUUGGCAGGGUAAUGAUCUCUUGGCCUUGAAGGCUCACUAUGAGUCUCAAAGAAAGUAG